AUGACGGUUGUCUCAAAACUAUCAUCAUUAAGCCUGCGCGGUACCAAUCCCAAACUUCUCUCCGAUGACAUCACCGUCGAUCCUAUUGACCUCGAUUCCGAGCAAGGUACGGAUCAUCCAGGGUGUUUUCGCUUCAGCGUGGGCUGCGACAACACCAUUUUGAGGGAAGUGGUGGAAGAGGUGAGGAUGGUGUGGAACGUGGUGUUGAGAGGGUGGAGAGGGGUUUUCACGAUGAUGGAGCACGUGGGGAAGGUGGGGUUUGUGCCCGACGGCGAGGGGUGGUUUUCGCAGGAGUUGCCAAUGUCGGGGUGUUGCUUUGGUGCGGUGGUGGUAGAUUUGAAGGUGGGGAUGUGUGAAGCGGAUGGUGAGAAUGUGAAUCAGAUUAGGGUGAACGAAGUGAGUGUGGGGAUUUUGAGCAUUGUGGAUUGA